AUGGCAGCCAUGUUCAGCCAAAACCCGGUCAUGAACGGCCCUAACUACUCUUUCUCCGAUACCCCCAAACUAAACGGAGAACCUCGAGAACAUCGCUUCAACCCGUAUACCGACAAUGGCGGUUCAACGUUGGGCAUCGCAGGCGCCGAUUUCACUAUUAUGGCAGGGGACACCAGACACACCAGUGGUUACAGCAUCAACUCUCGCAUGGCUCCCAAGGUUUUCAAGAUUGGUGGUUCAAACUCGUCACAAGAUGAUGCCAAUAUUGUACUCUCUGUUUGCGGCUUUGCUGCCGAUGGCGCUGCCCUCAGAGAUCAGCUCGACACCAUCUGCAAAAUCUACCGCUAUCGUCAUGGCAAACCCAUGACAUUGAAUGCCUGUGCGAAGCGUCUGUCAACGAUCCUUUACGGAAAGCGCUUUUUCCCAUACUACGUCACGGCCAUGCUGGGGGGGCUUGAUGAGGAUGGGAAGGGUGCCGUGUACUCCUACGACCCUGUUGGCAGCUACGAACGGGAGCAGUGCCGAGCUGGUGGCGCUGCGGGCAGUUUGAUCAUGCCCUUCCUCGACAACCAGGUCAACUUUAAGAAUCAGUAUAUUCCCGGGAGCGGUGAAGGACACGAUUUGAAGGAACGAGAGCGCUAUCCACUGUCUCGAACGCAAGUCGAAACGAUUAUCAAGGAUGCCUUUGAUGGCGCAGUAGAACGUCAUAUCGAGGUGGGCGACGCGUUACAAAUGCUCAUUAUCACGAAAGACGGAAUUGAGGAGAUCAUGUUGCCGAUGAAGAAGGAUUGA